UUGCUUCAAAGAAAUCUUUAAUAAAUUCAAAAUUUGUUUAAAGAAAAAAGUGCACGCUAAAGUGAAAGAGUGUAGACAAAAAAGAAAAAAACAAACAGUUGGCGCAAAAUAGAUUGCAAACAGUUGAAGGAAAAAUGAGUUUACAAAGAACAUUACUUGCAGUGCUGAGCAGUUAUGUCGCGUUGUGCACCCUCAUGAGUCCAUCCCAAGUGCAUGGCUAUUCCAUUGGUCAAUCGAAAUUCGGACGUAUAGAAAAGUUUCCCUACCAGGUGAUGUUAAUUGGCAAGCAGUUGUGGCGAAAACGCAUCCUUUGUGGUGGCACUUUGCUCGAUCAGCGCUGGAUACUCACCGCUGGACACUGCACUAUGGGCGUCACACACUUUGACAUCUACCUGGGUGCACUCACUAUCGAAGAUACCGCUGAAAUGGGGAGUCUCGUGCUGCGAUCCAACAAAUUCAUCGUGCACGAACGCUUUAAUCCCGAAACAGCUGCCAAUGACAUCGCACUCGUUAAGCUGCCUAUGGAUGUGGCCUUCACACAGCGCAUACAACCCGCCUCCCUGCCGUAUACUAACCGCAAUGACCUAUUGACCGGCGCCAAAGUGGUAGCUACUGGCUGGGGUGCCAACAAUGAAAUGUCUAACUACAAUCCCAUGCAAUUCACCGAACUGCGUGUGAUCUCAAACACGGAGUGUGCCCAUGAAUUCGACGUGGUCACGGAUGGGGUGCUGUGUGCAAAAGGUUUGCGCGAUGAAACCGUUUGCUCUGGUGAUUCCGGUGGCCCAUUGGUGCUGAAGAACACCCAAAUGGUAGUGGGCAUCACAAGUUUUGGACCUGCCGAUGGUUGUGAGACAAAUGUACCGGGUGGAUUCACACGUGUCACUCAUUACCUGGAUUGGAUCGAAAUGAAAACGGGGAAAAAGGGUACAAAAGCAGAACAACAAGGGCAACGACCACAGGCACCCUUAAUGCAACGUUUACAAAAGCUGUCACAUAGUUCACAAGCGCAAGCGCCAACGCCAAUGCGAAGUGCGGUGCGAGUUAACGAUAAUGUGGUGUAACUUAGUUAGCACAGCACCAGCGAUG